CCUAUUCCUCCUCCUCUUCCUCUCCAGCCCCCCUCAGCAAAAUGGGCUCCUCCGCCUCCGACGACGACUGCGACCGCCGCCUCCGCCGCCGCCCCCACGUGGCGGUGGUGGCCUUCCCCUCCGGCAGCCACACGGCGCCGCUCCUCGCGCUCGCCCGCGCCCUCGCCCUCGCCUGCUGCCCCUCCGCCGCCGCCACGUUCUCCUUCUUCUGCACGGCGCGCCACCUCGCCCCGCUCCGCGGCGGCUGCGAUCAGGUGGUCCCCAACCUCCGCCUCGUCGCCGUCCCCGAGGGGGAGGGGGAGGGGGAGGGAGUGUUGGGGGAUGAGGAGGAGAUGCGGCGGAUCGGGCGGUUCGCCGCGGCGGCGGGGGAGGUGAGCUGCGUGGUGAGCGACGCGUUGGUGUGGGCGGCGGGGGAGGCGGCGGAGGAGAUCGGGGUGCCCUGGGUCCCGCUCUGGACCGCCGGGCCCCACAGCCUCGUCGCGCACCUCCGCAGGGAUCUCCUUCGCACCACGUUCGGCCUAGGACCCGAAGCAAUGGAAGCUCACGGCGACGACGCUCUCGACAACAUCCCGGGCCUCUCCGGCCACCACCGCGUGCGCGACAUCCCCGAAGGGAUUGUCUCCGGCCCCCCCUACUCCCAGAUCGCUGUCCUCCUCCGCAGCAUGGCCGAACGCCUCCUCCGCCGCCCGCCCACUGCCGCCGCCCUCGUCCUCAACACGUUCGUCGGCUUUGACGUGACCACCGAUGCUGCCUUCGCCUCUGGAUUUGAUCACUACCUCCCCAUCGGCCCCCUCCACCUCCUCGCUGAUCCCCCGCACCCUCUCGCCGAUCCCGACCCGAGCAACUGCCUCUCCUGGCUCGACCAACACCCUCCCGCCUCCGCCGCCUACGUCGGCUUCGGUACUGUCGCGAUGCCUCCCCCCGCAGAGAUCGCCGCCCUCGCCAAUGGCUUGGAAUCGAGCCGAGCUCCGUUUGUGUGGUCACUGAAGGAGAGCGCACAAGAGCUUCUACCUCCCGGGUUUUCGGACCGGGUGCGGGCGAACGGGACCGGGUUGGUGGUGAGCUGGGCCCCGCAGAAGGUGGUGCUGGGGCACGCGGCGGUCGGAGCGUUCGUGAGCCACUGCGGGUGGAACUCGGUGCUGGAGAGCGUCGCUGCAGGCGUGCCGAUGGUGUGCCGGCCCUUCUUCGGGGACCAGCGGAUGAACGCGAGGGCGGUGGAGAGCAUGUGGGGGAUCGGAAUCACGCUGCGCGGUGGCGUCGCGGCCGAGGAGGCGGUGGCGGGGGCGCUGGACGUGGUUUUAAGGGGGGAGGAGGGGCGGAGGAUGAGGGAGCGGGCGCGGGAAAUCAAGGCUAAGGCUGAGGCGGCGGCGGGGGUCGGAGGGAGCUCGUCGGAAAAUCUUAAGAAAUUGUUGAAGAUUGUUUGUGGCUAGGGUGCAAGCAUGUAUAUUCCAUGCAUGCAUGCAUGCAUGGCUUAGACCGUUACUGCGUAUGUACGUAUAAUUUGGUUAUUAACUACUUGAUUAAUAAUAAAUGUUAUUAUAAUAUCGUAUGAAAGAGACGAAAAUGUAACGCAGUACAAUAGUGAUUACACUAUCUAGAGUUGCUAAUAAUUAUUAGCUACAAAUGGACGGCGCAUUCUCCA